AUGCUACGACGAACCAGACGAGCUCCGACGGCCUGUUCAUGGUGCCAGCAUCGCAAGGUGCGUUGUGAUGCAUCGAUCCUCGGCUCACCAUGUACUCGGUGCCGGCAAGAUGGUCGCAAGGAGUGCAUUUUACGCUGUAAGAACCCUCGACGCUCAACAAUCCUUACCUCUUGCCCAGUACAGACUGAUGGGUCGUACAAUUCAAGCUCCGGUGAAGACACCGCUGAUUUUACUCUGGCCAGCAAGGCUGUCAGCAAACACCCGGCAUCUGACCAUGCUGCAUAUACCGAAUGCGACUUUGUUGAUACGAUUCAAUUGAGUUCCCUGCCUGGGGAAGAUACAUCAUUUCUAGCAUCGGAGGGAUGCUUUGACCUACCGAAUUCUGCUGCUAUGGACGAAUUUUUACAACAGUAUUUCACACGGGUUCACCCACUCGUGCCAGUCAUAGAUGAGGUGGAGUUCUGGACGCUCUAUCGAAAAAAGGCACCAACCGAUUACACCAUAUCAUUGUUUGUGUUACAAUCUAUGCUUUUUGCAAGCAGCAGUUUCGUAUCUAAGAUGACGCUCAAACAAUGUGGAUUCGCAGACAGAAGGGACGCAAGAAGAAAACUAUACAACCGGGCCAAACUGUUGUUUGAGCUCGGAACUGAAAAGAAAUUCCAUGCCAAAUCUCAAGGAGCUGUGAUGCUCACACACUACACAUCUGCAGAUGAUCCGCGCUGUGGAAGCCUAUGGGUGUCCAUAGCCAUCGAGAAUGCUAUGCUAAUCGGCACCCAGCUGUCUUCACCGCUGGAAGACAUUUCAAUCCCACUGAAAAAGCGGCUUUGGUGGUCAAUUCUUCUACGCGACCGUAGCCUAUGUAUUGGCCUACGUCGCCAACCCCAAGUGACUUCAGUCGUCUCUCAUGGAUGGUGCGGCUGGCUGACCGUGGAAGACUUUGCGGAGGAAAUGCAUCACUCUGAGGUAUAUUCAUACGAAGCCAAAAUGCAGCUGAUAGUAGCUCUACAGCAACAAUGUGAAUUGGCAGUCCUUGUCACCGAUUUAGCAUUCCUGGUGUUCACUCACCCACGGCACUCAAGACUUCAUUUGUCAAUGGCCGAUUUUGAAAAGCUUAUAUCAAGCAUCACGAGUAUCAAAGAAUCCUUAGACAACUGGCAGAGUCCCCAACUUGUUCCAGACACCCCAAAGAAUGAACGCCCCGAAGCAAUUGCGACUCUAAAUUACUUGACACACAUGUAUUAUCAUGCAGCUAGAGUAGAUCUUGCUCAAUUUGAAGCAUUCAUGUUGGAAGACAACAAAUUCUACGCCGCCAACACAUACCAACAAUCGAUUAUCAACGUGAGCGAAGACCUUCGGGACGCGAUUGAAGGGCUAAGCAAGGUCAUGGAACACUUCAGCAUGCAUGGCCAAGCAGUGAGCUUCCCACUGAGUGUACUCGGAUACGUUAGCAUGCCCUUGGUACUGGCAGCUAUUGACCUCAAACUUUCGCCCUCUCAUUCUGCGAUGAAGGCAAGAGAAAAGCGGUUGAAAUCGCUUAGCUUGAUCAUCAAACACUCGGAAACUUUGUAUGAUGUUACCGAUUUUGUGGCAGUGGGAACCAACCACAUCCUAGAGCUUGCAUACGCUAUCACGCAAAAUCUGUUCUUUGACAGAUAUUCACCCGACACGCCUAUCGAUGGAGCCCUAACAGAGCGAGAAGUGUCCAGGUGCCCGAGCCGGGAUGUAAGGUCCAGCUCAACAACUUCCCUGAAACUCCAGCGACCUGGGAGCUGGCGGGAGGCUUUUGUCCGUUGUCCCAGGGCGUAUCUUUUGGUAUCCACGUCUGUUGAUUACAGCCUAGCAGUUGGUAGACUUCCUUCCGCGCGUGAUUUACCUGAUAUUGUUCGUGAUCUUCCAGCUUUGGGCAUGAUUCCUCGAUUUCCAUGGACAUCUGAUAUUCCACCGUCUCUUUACGAUGGCAGUGUCCAGUUUCCCGGCCAUGAUGACUCUGGCAACUGGGUAUUUACGCCGUCAAGGCCUUACCCGGAAAGCAGUGAAAUAUUCAAACGGAUUACCCAAACACAUCCACAUUCGCCUGCCAUCCCUCCCAUUUCAUCUACCGCAGCGACGUUCCCAAUUGAUGAUCAAUCAGAAUAUUCUGAAGGAAAAACAAAUCAAGCUUCUCGCCCACUGAAAAACGUCAAUCUCGAUUACAUGGACUUCUCGAACUUUGAAUUUCAUGCUAAAGCUGAGAAUAUCAUUGAUCUCAGUGAUUCAUCUAGUCCUCUGAGCCUUGAAGAUGAAACUGAAGCCUGGGAACAACAAACAAUAUUCAAAAGGCACGGGGAGCCUGUAGCCUGUUCUCCUGGACUGAUUGAGAGUCAUCUAUUCAAUUCGUUCUAUCAUGAAGCAUUUGAACAAAGAUGGUUGGACGGAUAG